AUGGAAAAUGGACCCAACGACGACUUCGUUACCGAUACAGUGAUCAUCACAAGUAAGACGCAGGACGUGUGUUCUGCGCCUUUAUUCGAUCAGAUUGUCGAUAAAGUACAGGACGACGUAGUGGAUGAAAGCCAGGUUUAUGGGUCGAAGGCCGUGCAGGUGAUAGCGCUUACUGGUUUCAAGCGGGUUCUUGUUAUAUCACCAACAUACCAAAUCAGCCGCAAGGUGAAGGCUUUGGGGGAACACUUUCCCGAAUGUAAAUUCGGGUACUCUAUUAUUGAUCACGUGCCAGAUCCAAAAUCAAUGCAUAUGGUAACCCGUACCAAGACGUUUCUGGAGGUGCCUGAGUCGAAGACGGUGUUCUUGAUAUCACCACCAGCGUCCCCGCCACCCGAUUUCGACUACUCUCGACUGGAAGAUUGGCCAAACCGUGACACGGGCCACGGCCAUGGAGAAUCAGUAGAAACUCCAGAUCCUAAACCGAAAUCAUCUACGGAUUCCGCUGUAAACGACAAAAAAGCCGAUUCCUACACCAAAAAGAAAGUGCUUGAUAACGGCCGCUUUAAAAUAUUCGUAGAAAGCUCAGAUGACGGUUCCGAAAGCCCGACCGAUCUUCAUCGCGUUAAAACGUCAAUGCCUCCCGUCUCGACUUUUGACGAUAUAGAGGACUGA